UGUUGUUGCAUUUUAAUCUAGUGAACUAAGAGCCAUGGCCAGAGCCGUCGUAUUUCUAGCUCUCCUGCUUAUCGUCCCGGCAGCCUACGCCACUCAAUACACUGUGGGUGACACCAACGGCUGGACAACUGGCGUGAAUUAUGUCAGUUGGGCUUCUGGCAAGAACUUCGCUGUGGGCGACACACUUCUGUUUACGUAUGGAAGUAACCAUGGUGUGGACGAGGUGAGCCAAGUGGACUACAACAAUUGCAACUCCAACAAUGCCAUUAGCAGCGCCAGCGGCGGAAGCACCCCAAUCACUCUUACUAAUACGGGCUCACGUUACUUCUUGUGCCCCACCUUCGGCCAUUGUGGCCAAGGGAUGAGGCUAGCUGUCACCGUCGGUGGUGCAAACACUACCACUCCCACAACCCCAUCUACCCCUACAACCACCCCGUCCGGUACUCCAAGCCCCCCAAGCACAUCCACACCAUCGAAUACAAACCAUACUAGCCCGAGUGGAGGAUCGACGGUCCGUGUGAAUGCUUUGGUGGUCGGAGGAGCUUCGCUCGUGCUAGCACCAUUGUUUGGGUGA